AUGGAACCAGCGGUUUUUAACGAGGGGUAAGCUGGUUUCAGAUCGACGUUAUCUACAAAAUAAUCUGUGAUUCCAGAGAUUUCGCAAUUCCUGAAGUCCAACUUCCACCAGGUCUUCCAAUUGCGGCCAACAACGAUAUGUCACCACCAGCCUAUAUCCCGCCGAGAAAAAAUUCGCCAUUUUUCACACCAACACCCAACAAAUCUCAAAAUCAAUUUACUCCGAGGAAAUUCAAUAAUUCGAGAUCUUCUCCAAGAACACCAAGAUACACCAAUAACACUAAUGUUAAUCAUUUUCAAUUGAUCAAUGAUUCGAUGGCGAUUCCACCAUUGGGUGUUGAUAUUCACGGAAUCUCGAAUGAGGUUUGUUUCUCACCUCUUUUGAGCUCCGAAAGUAAAGCAAAAAAAGAAAAAAAAAGAAUAAUUUUGAAUUGUUUUGUCAAAACAAGCAAGUGCGCCCCAGCGAACUUCUCGAAAUGUAUUCAUUUAUUUUUGGUUUUUUUCUUUCUCUUUAAAAACAAGCAAAAACUGUCAUUUUCCAGUCUGGUGCCGUCAAAUAUCCGUUAUUGUUAUGCUCGCAAGAAGGAACUAUAAUGAUAUCAUUGGCUGUUGGAGUUUUGGUCGAAAUUUGCGUCGACAGAAGUUUUCGUUUGGUUUCAAAUGACAAUUUUACAACUUAUGUCAAUCAUAAUGGAUCGAUUUCGAGCAUUUUACAUAAAUAUGCGAAGAUUGUUCAUUCAAAAGAACAUGUUCAUUGCAAAAUUAGUGAGUUUUUUAUCAGGUUGUUAUGUUCAACCAGGUUGAAAUGUAUUUGAAGAAAAAAUGACGAAAAACUGAAAAUCUUGGGGCUACUCGUAUUUCCGGGCUCAAAACCUUUCUACGUGUAUAAAUCGGAAGCUGAUUUUUCAUCUAGUUUGGUAAUUUUUCAAGUAUUUAUUGUUUGGGAGAAUAAGAAAAUAAAAUGUAUAUUUGAAUCAGUUUAAAAAGGACAACUGCUCUAGGAAUGGUCCAAACUAUGUAAUUAGAUAUGUGGAAGGUACAAAAUUAAUAUGGUGAGAUUAUAUGAAUUAUUAAGCCUGAUUAACUGUUCCUGUUGAUUUUUCCCUCAGAAUGUGUUUUGUACGGGUCCAUUCAGUUGUUUGUGCUCUUUAGGUGGCCAUUUUGCGCUGAAAAGAAGCAUACAAUCUUUUUAUUUCAAAUAAAAAAGCUAACCUUGCAAAUUCUCGGGCUUGGGAGAAAAGUAUCAUUCCACAAGCUGCACGGUAUGCACUACAAUUACAAUCAGAUUGAUGUUUUCGAAACACAAAGUAGCAAUGCCAAAGAUCAAGUUCAUGCAAAAAGCGCUUUGAGCAAACUUGAGCAAAGUCGAUUUUUCACCGCGUAGGAAAAAAUCGCGAAUCGCACUGUUCGUAUGUUGAGUGUAACCGAAAUACAUUUGGAUAUGGAAAAUAAUUCCAAAAAAUGCGAAGAUUUUCUAAAAAACGAUGUUUUUUUGAAAAAUUGGAUAUUUACCAUUUCGAGACUUCUCUUAUAAACAGAAAGAUCAAUAUAAUUUUUAAACAAACCUCUUUCCACAUAUUUUUGAUCAUAUUUUCCCAUUCGAUGUGAUUUUCUUCAUCCGCAACAAAAUGGUUAUACCACAAUUGAGAAUUACAAAAAUACCCCAAUAAAACGUUAGUCAAUAAAAUAAAAACUACGACGGCAUGUAAUUUGAAAACCUUUUCAUAGUGUGCCACAAAAUUACUAAUUGUAAGAAUUUCACGGCGAAUUGGAUAAACUCGCAUGAUUUCAUUUGAGAUAUUGUAAAUAGCACCACAUAUCAAUGUCUAAAAUAUUCGACUCAUUUUCAUCAUAAAAUCGAAAUAGAACAUACCGAAUGUGAUAUGUAAACAGCGCUGGUAGUUAUUAAUCCGACAAUUUUUUGAACCAUAUGUUCUUCUUGAUCAUUCGAGUCAGAAUGUAUUGGGACAAAAAUAAUCAAAUACGUCGAGCUGACAUUAAUUGCCGUGAAAAUGGCGAUGUAUCUCAAUAACUUAUUUUUCCGAUUUUUUCGGUAAAGAACAUCAAGAACCAGAAAACUGACUGGAGUUGCCAACGAGAGAAGGAAAAACAUGACAGGAAUGAUUUUGAGAACCAUUUCUGAAAUUGAAAUUUUUAAUUUUUGGAGUUGAAAGGGCGAGUGAUAAAUUCGAAUUUUUGAGCCUAUAUUUUGAGUUCCGAAUGUAUGAAAUUUUUUUCAAAAGUUUAUGUUGAAAAUCGUGUUAGAAAUUUCUUCAAAAAAAGUUAUAGUAUACCAGGUUUUGCCACGUCAUUUUUUUUCUGGUUGGAUUUUUCAAAUUACAAACUCUUGUGGCCUUAAACUUCUAAAAAGUAACAGAAAUAGAAAAAGUUUGAUUUAUCAAAAAUAAAAAGUUGUCGAAAAGGGAAAAUGAUUAAUAUCACAACCCCAAGAGAUUUAUAUAUGCUUCUUUUCAGAUUGCAACUCUAAUUAGUAUAACUCAUGUGACUAAUCGUAUAGUAAAAUUAAUUGUCAUCUUUUAUUGUUGGAUAUUUUGAGCCAACCUGCUUGCUUCUUUAUAUGAUAAUUGUUACUUUGCUUCCCAAAUAUUUCCAAUUUCCAAACAUAAUUAUAGGUUUUGAAAAGAAUGAAGAGGCGGAACAAGUUGUUACAAAAAAUUACAAAAGUUAUCAAAUUCAACUUUUUUCCAGACAACACCAAUGACCGUUAUGCAAUAAUGGGCCCAGAAGGAAUCCUCUUCACAAUGGCCAAUUUAUCCGAAGCCUAUUUGGUCAGUCAUUGCAAUGCCGAAGGAACUACAGUUCCAACAGCUGUCGCAUUGGAAAAACCAACAUUUCCGAUUCAAAAUAUCGAUUAUUCACUUCAUCAAUUGUAUAAUGAAUCGGAUAUUGGAAUUAAGGUAGGGGAAAAUAAAAAAGAGGUUUGUAAGAAAAAAUAAGGUUCCAAACAAAGUACUGUUUCUAAAAUUAUUAAUAUUUUUUUUUUGAAAAAUUCACGGUUUCAAGGUUUUUUCUUAAUAAUUGUCUCGUUCAUUCAAUAAUAUAAACUCUUGAGGCAAUAAUAAUUUUCAGAAUUUCUCGAAAUGCAAUGAAAUUGUCCAAAAAGCAUGUUAUGAAUAUCGAUCGGAUGGUUUGUUGGUGAUUCAUUUGAAUGGAAUGACAAUCAAAUGCAAUAAUGAUACUGGAGAUGUUUCGGUUGAUGCAAAACCAGUAAGAUUGGAAAUGAACUCGAAAUUGUUGACUGUGACUUUGAAGUCGAAUUUUAUCGAUAUGUCGGUUCAGGUUAGGAUUUUUAGGGAGGCUUGGAAAGCGGGACUCAAUAAUUUUCAAAUCUCAAAAUAAUAUCUGAAUUUUUUUACUUCUUCGAAAAAUUCUGAAUUCAUCCCAGAGAACAAAAAUUAAAUUUAUCCAAGUUUCUAAUUUUCAAAAAAUUGGAAAUUUUGAAACUAGAAAAACUUAUAAAAAACAACAUUCUCUGUAAUAUCCAUGAUAUUUGAAUUCUUCCAGGAUCGCGACAAAUGUUAUGUCAAAAGAUCCGACAAACGAAUCCAUACAUCUCGUUCUGGAAUGGUUGUCUCUGAUGGUGCUUGCACAAUUUCAAUGGAUCAAACUGGCCGCAUUUUAUCAUGUUAUUAG